AACCAAACCACUUGUCACCACUGCAACCCACAACUAUGCCAAUCUCCUCUCCUAAGCAGCUGUAGCCAGGGCGGCCCCGAAGAGAGCUACUUCUGUGCUAGGAGGGUUACUGGGAGGUGUGGCAGGAGGUCUUGAACUGCAGAACCAGACACCAGGGAGAAGGGCAGACCCAGUGCCAAGAAGGGACUCCUCAGAGAGGGGUCAUGAGGCCUGGGACACCAAGGAGACGGACCCCCCACAGGCGCCUCCAAGUGUCGAAUCAGCGAGAUCCAACAAUGGGACUACGCUCGCGGAGUCGCCGUCCCUACUGUUAGUAGGGCCUGGAGCAAGAUGUCCUCCAAGCCAUUGACCGGGCCAUUGAGGCUGUGCACAAUGCAGCCAUGCGGGAUGGUGGCAAGUACAGCCUGGAGCAGCGUGGAGUCCUUCAGAAGCUGAUCCACCACCGGAAAGAGACUCUGUCCCGCAGAGGCCCCUCAGCCUCCAGCCCUGCAGCUAUGACCCCAUCCACCAGUGACCACCAUCUGGACGCUGCUGCUGCCAGGCAGCCCAAUGGGACGUGUCGAGCUGGGUUUGAGCGGCAGCACAGCCUCCCUAGUUCCGAGUAUCUCGGGGCGGACGGAGGCCUCUACCAGAUCCCACCACAGCCUCGCCGAGCAGCACCUGCCACGCCACCUCCACCUGUGAAGCGCCGAGACCGCGAGGCCCUGAUGGCCUCAGGCAGUGGCGGCCGCAACACCACGCCCUCCGGGGGCAGUUCUGUGUCCAGCGGCUCCUCAGUCAGCAGCACCUCCCUUGACACGCUCUGUACCGGCUCUAGCUCGUCUGAGCUGGGCCCCAGCUGCUCACCCACGCCCCCACCUGUGCCCCGCCGAGGCACUCACACCACUGUGUCCCAAGCUCAGCCCCCUCCCUCCAAGGUGCCAGCCCCUGAGCCCCCUACAGAGGAGGUGGCAGUUGAUACAACCUCAGCCCCUGAUGAGCUGGAGGCCCUGGGUGCGCUGAACCUGGGGACCACAGAGGAGAAGGUGGUGGCCGAGACUGCUGUGCCCAAGACCAUCGGGGCAGAGCUGAUGGAGCUCGUGCGGAGAAACACCGGCCUGAGCCACGAGCUAUGCCGUGUGGCCAUUGGCGUCGUGGUGGGUCACAUCCAGGCCUCUGUGCCGGCCAGCUCGCCUAUCAUGGAGCAGGUCCUCCUCUCGCUGGUAGAGGGCAAGGACCUGAGCACUGCCCUGCCCUCAGGGCAAGUCUGCCAUGACCAGCAGCGGCUGGAGGUGAUCUUUGCAGACCUGGCUCGGCGCAAGGACGAUGCCCAGCAGCGCAGCUGGGCCCUGUACGAGGAUGAAGGGGUCAUCCGCUGCUACCUGGAGGAGCUGCUCCAUAUUCUGACGGAUGCAGACCCCGAAGUUUGCAAGAAAAUGUGCAAGAGAAAUGAGUUCGAGUCUGUCCUGGCCUUGGUGGCCUACUACCAAAUGGAGCACCGGGUCUCCCUGCGGCUGCUGCUCCUCAAGUGCUUUGGCGCCAUGUGCAGCCUGGAUGCAGCCAUCAUCUCCACACUCGUGUCGUCUGUGCUGCCUGUGGAGCUGGCACGGGACAUGCAGACAGACACGCAGGAUCACCAGAAACUCUGUUACUCCGCCCUCAUCCUGGCCAUGGUCUUCUCCAUGGGGGAGGCAGUGCCAUAUGCGCACUAUGAGCACCUGGGCACACCCUUCGCCCAGUUCCUGCUGAGCAUUGUCGAGGAUGGGCUGCCCCUGGACACCACAGAACAGCUGCCCGAUCUCUGCAUGAACCUGCUUCUGGCUCUCAACUUGCACCUGCCAGCCCCUGACCAGAACGUCAUCAUGACCGCCCUGAGCAAACACUCCAACGUCAAGAUCUUCUCCGAGAAGCUUCUCUUGCUCCUGAACAGAGGAGAUGACCCCGUGCGCAUCUUCAAACAUGAGCCGCAGCCGCCACACUCCAUCCUCAAGUUCCUGCAGGACGUGUUCGCCAGCCCCGCCACGGCUGCCAUCUUCUACCACACAGACAUGAUGGCACUCAUUGACAUCACCGUGCGCCACAUCGCGGACCUGUCUCCCGGAGACAAGCUUCGAGUAGAGUACCUCUCCCUGAUGCACGCCGUCAUCCGCACCACACCCUACCUGCAGCACCGCCACCGGCUGCCCGACCUGCAGGCCACACUGCGCCGCAUCCUGACUGAAGAGGAAGCCUCGCCCCAGGGCCAGAUGGACCGCAUGAUUGUCCGAGAGAUGUGCAAGGAAUUCCCGGUGCUGGGCGAGGACCCCAGCUAGCGCCUUCCUCCCCUCCCUUCCCUGCAGCCCCGGUCAGGGUGCAGGGGACGCGGAGGCUUGGCCCUAAGCAUGUUUUGCACAGACGGUGUGGGGGAGGUGGUGGUGGAAGGGACCUGAGCAGGGCCCCCACCUGAAGUAGAGCCAGUGCCAGGGGCCAAGUGUGGGAUUGGGGACCACGCUCUGGGAGCUAUGCUGGGGCAGAGGGCCUGUGUGAGCUAAAGCCCCUCCAUCUCCCGGUAGGCUGCCUCUUCAGCAUGCCCCCUCCCCCCCCCAGCACAAACACACACUCAGAGUCCCGCUGCUGCUCCGGGCUGGGCUAGAGCCGCCAUCCCUGUCCUGCCUUGUCUGGGUCCUGGGCCUCAGCAAGCCAUGUCUUUGGAGUGAGGGGAGCCACCUUCCGCCAGCUGUUCUUUGCCUUAGCUUUGCAGUGAGUGCUUCUCCUGUGCUCCCCGCUCCCCGUGGGGGUCGCUUUCCCUUGCUCCCACCCCCAGGGGUCUUGGCCAAGCUCCUGCUUUAAAGCAGAAUCUUAGAGACAGGCCAGCUAUUCUGGAGCCUCACAGAAUAGGGUGAUGGCACUCAGAAAGCCAAUGACAGAAUAUUUUCUCUGUAAAAAUGUAGACUGAAAAGCCAUGUGUAUUUUCCCGUGUGCUGCAGCUCACCUUCGGAAAUAAAUCACAGGCAUCCAGAAACAGG